AUGGCACCUAAAAACAUUCUUGUUCUCAAUGGCCCCAACUUGAAUCUCCUCGGUACGCGAGAGCCACAUAUCUAUGGCUCAACAACACUCGCAGACAUCGAGCAGGCCGCGAUAUCGCAAGCGGCAUCCUCGGGAGCCUCUCUCUCAUUCUACCAAACAAACCAUGAAGGAGCACUCAUUGACCGGAUCCAUGCCGCACGUCAAGAGGGUGUAGACGCCAUUGUGAUAAAUCCCGCGGCUUUUACGCAUUCUAGCGUUGCGGUUAGAGACGCAUUGUUAGGCGUGGAUAUUCCGUUUGUGGAGCUGCAUGUUACCAACGUUUAUAAGAGGGAGGAAUGGAGGAGGAAGAGCUAUUUUAGCGAUAAGGCGGAGGCGGUUAUUUGUGGGUUGGGGCCUUUUGGGUAUAAGGCUGCCAUUGAGUUUGUGUUGGACCAUAUGAAGGAGAGGGCCAAGCUAUGA